AUGGCAGCCGCGACUACCGGCUCAGGAUCUCAGUCCCUCUGUCCGGGAGACUCCUCCCGGGGAUCCCUCCUCCCGCGCCGUCGGCAGCUUCGCCCACCAGGAUUUCAGUCCCUCCUUCCCAAGGUCUGCCCCCGGUCUUCGCCUCACCCCCACCCCUCCGGCCCCUUUCGGUCGUGCCCCUGAGGGCACAUCCCGACUGAGGGUCCAGAGCUCCUCCCAGGAUCAGUUGGUGUCCAGGGAGCACUGUGUGGGCAUUUCGGAUCCUCACAUCGUCCUUUCCCACAGGUCACGGGCUCCAGCAGCCCCAUUGUGAUCCUUCAGGAUGUGCCCAAACCGCCUGAAUCACAGCUCUCUGUCAGAUACAAACCAAAGACCACCAGAAUCAUCACCAGGGACCUGAUCCGGGACCUCGUCAUUCCCCAGGAGAAGCCCCAGCCAUGUCUCAUCAUUGGAGAAAAGGAAUAUGAGAAACUUAAGGAAUCAGCUCGAGCCCUGACUGAGGUGGAGCGUUGGGACAGGCUGAAGACGCUGAGAGCCAGACAGGACGCUGCUUUUGAAGCCCUAAAAAAGGCCCAGAUCGAGGAGCAGAGAAAGGCAGAGCUGGAGGACAAGAGGAACCGCUGGAGAGACAUGGAAGAGGAGCUGCAGCAGGAGGAGCAGAAGCUGCUGCAGCGAGCGACAAGGAUGAGGCUGGAGCAGGAGGAAGAUGUGCGGGAACUGAACGCGCUGUUCCUCAAUGCCAAGUGCAACAUGAUCCGGGACAAGCAAGUCCUGGAGAAGCAGAUGAUCCUCAAGGAACUGGCAGAGGAAGAGAAGCGUCUGGACAAGAUGAUGGAAAUGGAGCAGGAGAAGGGCAUGGAGGUCCAGGAGGAGCUGGAGCGCCAGAGGAAGCAGGAGCUGAUGAGAGCCCGGCAGGGCAUUGUGAAACAGAUGGAGCAGAAUGCAGAGGAGCGGGCAUUGAGGGCUGAGGAGCUGUACCAGGAGGGCCAGAGGCAGCUGGAGCGACUGGAGCAGAUGAAGAGGGAGGAUCGGAAGGCCUGGGAGCAGAAACAGGAGCGACUAAAGCAAAUCCAUGCUGAUAUUAAACGUUUCAACAUGGAGAGCCAGAGGCUGAAGGAUCAACAGCGGGAGCAGGAGAGGUUGGAGGAUGAGCGGGUGCUGGAGCAGCAGCGGCAGAAGGCUGAGCGUGAGGCCGCCUUGGAGGCAGAGCAGCAACAACUGCGUCUGGAGAAGGAGAAGGAGCUGGCCCGGCUCAGGGCCACACAGGAACGGGCCCAGGACUGGCAGGCAGAGCAGGAUGCUCUGAGAGCCAAGAGGAACCAAGAGGUCGCAGACCGGGAAUGGCGGCGGCGGGAGCUGGAGAAGGCGCGGAAGAAGGCCGAGCUGGAGCAGCAGCUGAAGCAGGACCGGCUGGAGCAGGUGGCCCAGAAGGAGCAGUACCUGGCCAUGCAGGUGCAGCAAGACCGCCAGGAAUUCCAGAGGGUGCUCAGGGCCCAUCAGGAGCAGCUGGAGCGGGAGAAGCUGGAGCAGGAGCAGAGGGAGCUCCGGCAGCGCGCCCAUGCCGAAGAUCUCUGGCGGCAGAUCCAGGAGCUGCAGCAGCAGAGGCAGCGGGAGCGGGCGGCCGUCAUUGAGGAGGGCCGGCGGCUGCAGCAGGAGGUCCGGCAGCGCAGCCAGCGCCUCACCCAGUUCAGGCAGCAGAAGCUGCAGGAGUUCAGAGCCACUGGAAUGCCCGAAAAGUACUGUGCCCAGGUGGAGCGCAAAGCCCAGAGCCAAUCCAGCAGAGCCCCCUCCUAG